GAGCUCUCGCAGGCACGUGAUUAGCACCAAUAUGGCGGCGCCCAGAGGCGUCCACCUGCUUGUCCGCAGAGAAACAAAAUCAUUAGACUUUGUUUUUGUGCACUCCAAGUAAUAAUGCAGAGGAUCCUAGGAGAAUUAAGUUACCUGCUGAAAGACCUUUGCCAAGCAUGGAAGCUAAGGAAGGAUGUCUUUAAAAAUUAGAAGAGCUCUGAGAAAAACCAAACCAUGAAGCCCAACCAGUAACCUCUCUGAGCAGUUAAAAUUCGCCGCCAGAACUCUCACUGUGAAAAAGGACAUGGCCUCCUGACAAGUAGUCUUCUCCAGUGGCAAUCAGGCUGAUUUUGAACUCCUGGUCUCAAGGGAUCCACCCACCUCAGUGUCCUAUUAGCUGGGACUACAAGUGCAUGUAUGCUACCAUCCCCGGCUACUGUAGGCUGUCAUAGAAUUUUCUCUUCACCAUUCAGUCAUAUCUACUUACACAAGCAGUCCAGCAGUCAACAAAGAAGAAAUUUCUUUUUCUGGAGACAAAGAGAUACUUCACACAGUAUAGUUUUGCCGGCUGCAGUUUCUUCAGCGCAUCCAGUCCCUAAGCAUAUAAAGAAGCCAGACUAUGUGACGACAGGCAUUGUACCCGGCUGGGGAGACAGCAUAGAAGUUAAGAAUGAAGAUCAGAUUCAAGGGCUUCAUCAGGCUUGUCAGCUGGCCCGGCAUGUCCUCCUCCUGGCUGGGAAGAGUUUAAAGGUUGACAUGACAACUGAAGAGAUAGAUGCUCUUGUUCAUCAGGAAAUCAUCAGUCAUAAUGCCUAUCCCUCACCUCUAGGCUAUGGAGCCUUUCCAAAAUCUGUUUGUACCUCUGUAAACAAUGUGCUCUGUCAUGGUAUUCCUGACAGUCGACCUCUUCAGGAUGGAGAUAUUAUCAACAUUGAUGUCACGGUCUAUUACAAUGGCUACCAUGGCGACACCUCUGAGACAUAUUUGGUGGGCAAUGUGGAUGAAUGUGGUAAAAAGUUAGUGGAAGUUGCCAGGAGGUGUAGAGAUGAAGCAAUUGCAGCUUGCAGAGCAGGGGCCCCUUUCUCUGUAAUUGGAAACACAAUCAGCCAUAUAACUCAUCAGAAUGGUUUCCAAGUCUGUCCACAUUUCGUGGGACAUGGAAUAGGAUCUUACUUUCACGGACAUCCAGAAAUUUGGCAUCAUGCAAAUGACAGUGAUCUGCUCAUGGAGGAGGGCAUGGCAUUCACCAUAGAGCCAAUCAUCACCGAAGGAUCUCCUGAAUUUAAAGUCCUGGAGGAUGCGUGGACUGUGAUCUCCCUAGACAACCAAAGAUCUGCCCAGUUUGAACACACAGUUCUCAUCACAUCGGGGGGUGUGAAGAUCCUGACCAAGCUGCCCCAUGAAGCCUGAGAAGUAGCCCCAAGGUCGUGGAGACCCGGCGUCAUUUUUCCCAAUUGCUGGAGAACUUUUAAAUGAAAGGGGAAGGGCAGGUCUCCAAGGAACCUACCUGGCCCCAGGCUCGGCCUCCCAGCGCAGGAAACGCAUCUGGAGAGGAAGGGGAACAGACACCUUCGUUUGGCAUAAGAGGACUCCCUGAGAAGCACAGUUCCCCUGAGCCUUGACCAGACCCUGCUCGAGAGUAAAUACCUUCUAAACCCAC